ACCAACCAGCACCGAAGUCCUGUCGUUCUGUCCGCCGGCGUCCGUAGUCAUCCCCCUUCGUCCUCCACCUCAAAAUGUCCGUGGGUAAUGACUUUGGAAACCCUCUACGAAAAUUCAAACUCGUCUUUCUCGGGGAGCAGAGCGGGGAGGGGGUUGGCCAUGUGGUAUUGGUUUGGACAUGUAACAGCGACAGUAAUGUGCAGGACUGUGGGGUGUUUAAUUGAAGAAGCGAAAGGUUGGAAAGACGUCUCUGAUCACACGGUUCAUGUAUGACAGCUUUGACAACACAUAUCAGGCAACUAUUGGAAUUGACUUCCUGUCCAAAACAAUGUACUUGGAGGAUCGAACGCUCUCUCUCUCUGAACCCCAGGUGAGGUUGCAGCUCUGGGACACAGCAGGACAAGAGCGCUUCAGAAGCCUCAUCCCCAGUUAUAUACGGGACUCCACUGUGGCCGUGGUGGUCUACGACAUUACAAAUGUCAAUUCCUUCCAGCAGACAUCAAAAUGGAUUGACGAUGUGAGAACGGAGAGAGGAAGUGAUGUCAUCAUCAUGCUUGUUGGCAAUAAAACAGACUUGGCAGACAAGAGACAAAUUACAAUCGAGGAAGGAGAGCAGAGGGCUAAAGAACUGAGCGUCAUGUUUAUCGAGACCAGCGCCAAGACGGGUUACAACGUCAAACAGCUGUUUCGCCGUGUGGCAGCUGCUCUCCCAGGGAUGGAAAGUAUGCAAGAAACGGGCAAAGAAGGGAUGAUCGACAUAAAACUGGACAAACCCCAGGAGCCCCAGACCACCGAAAGCGGCUGCUCCUGUUAGUGCUCAAGGUUCCAUCCUGGAAAUCCACCAUCUACACCACACGCUUGUUACGUUGCUUCCCAUUGGUUAACCCGCUGUUGACGUUGCACGAUGAGAUCCUCGUUUCCUCACCCGACCAGUGGUCAUUGGUUGGAACGAGCAAUAUGUGAAAUUGGGUCUACUUUGUCAGCAAAAAUACCAAGAAAAGUUGUACAACUUGGUAAAACAAAAUCCCCGAAAAAGCCCUAAUCUGAACGUAGAUUUAUUUUCAUGGGGGAAAUUAAAAGCCUUCCUUGUUUUUUUCCUCGUAUUUUUGUGCAAUCAGGAGAAUCCCUCUGGAAGGUUUUUUUUUUUUCUUUAGGGAAAUGAGAACGCUGAGAGCCUGAAGAACAGACCGGACCUUAUUGUUUGCCACAGCAAUUCUUGGCAAUCCCGAAACUCCUGAUCCGUACAAGUUUUCCAUUUCAUAACUAUUCUUCAGUAUCUCAGAGCCAAAAACAGAACAGCCAAUCACAGCCUUCCUGCCUGUAGCCCUGCUGGUAUCCACACAUUUGUAUUUCAGAUGUUACGGAUCAAUCUGAACUGUAAAGUCCAGAGUAUGUAAUGCAUGCCUAGUUGUAAAGCAUAGGUACGGUCUACCUGUGUACACGAGUUUGAAAAUGUAAUAUUCCACCAGUGACUUGAUGCGCUGCGUCCACAACGUUCUAGGAGCUGGGUUUGUAUACUUGACCUCUGACGACCUUUUUGCCGUGUGUGUAAAUUUGUGCUUUCUGUAUUGACAGCAUUAAAACACAGUUCCACUGAGGGCCACUGUCACAUCGCUUCACUCCCACCACCUUUCAGCUCUUCAGUUUGUAUGUCACAGAUUGUGUCCAGCUGCUGUUGCAUUGUGGGAAAAUUAUUUGUUUAAUGAUAAUCUGCACAUGCAGAUUGCUGUAAAUGAGCAAUGAAGAGUCCAACCCUCAGCCAUGUGUGAGUGAACACAGUUCCCUUUGUGCAGAUGGAUCAACUACACCCUUAACAUUUUUCUGUUUCCUCACCGACUAAAGACUAAUUUGCACAUGUAGACCUUUCAGGUUAUGAAGUUGGAAGAAGCUUCAUUCUAAUUGUACAGUUGCUUAAUUCAAAGAUGUGUCUGAUUGUUAAAGAAAUUGUUACAUAACGUGAUAUCACAUUCGGGUUUUCUUUGCUGCUUGUGUUUAAACUGAAUGAAAUUUUGACAUGGAAUGUUUUAUUUCCUGCCUUUGGGGCCAGUUAUCAUAAAGUUCUGGUGGUAAAGUCAGCCAAUGCUAAGAACACUACUUCGAUGUGUCUUUGAUGUGAAGUCUUUACAGCACUUUUGCAGAAUGUGUUUUAGAUUUACAGUGAAAACGUAAGCUGUUAAAAAUGUGCAUCGUUAAUUUCCAUACAGUUUGGGGUACUGUGUCCUAGAGUAGAAGCAUUGAUUUAGGAAUCGUCUUCACACAUCUAUGUAUGGAAAAACUCUUCUAAAACUCUCUGUAACCAACAUAAUGAGCCAAAUACUGAAAAAACUGAUUAAUAUAUCACAACAAAUCCUGACCAGAAUACAAGAAUACCAAAAAAGUGCCAUUGGACUUCCCUCAACAUGCUAAAAAGAAGCUUUGUGUGGGUCUAUUUUACAACAGGAUGUUCUAGGCUCCUUAUCAUACAACCUUGUAAAAAAAGAAACGCACUCUCUGAGAAACAGCUCAAGGGUAUUUGUUUUUCAAAUUAAAUUUUGUGAAACUCCAUUGUAUUUAAACCCUUAACAUGUAAAAGUCCACCUUUAUUUGUUAACGGGCCAUUUCACCGUACCACAGACAUGGAAUGUGGGACAUAAAUGAGAUCUUUGCCUGUUGGAGCAGGGAGUAGCGGUGGUCUCCCUGCAGAUUUUUGUGAUUGUACUGUCAGAUCAGUGCAUCAAGCCUAAUUAGUGCUGACCUGGUUCUCAAUUACACUGUACAGAGAUCUAGCAUGUCUCCAAAUGGUUAAUAAAGAUGUCUUAUUACCAA